AUGAAGUACAUUCCGGACGCGCGCCUCGACGACAUCUCGCUCAUUCCGACCCGUUUCGACCGAAGAAAAAUGCUCCCGGACGCCACUAUGGCGGCCGAUUACCCGUGGACUCGGAUUCCCGCACUGCCCGUCAACAAGAGACCGAUCGGGUGAGUCAUCGUCUUUAUGGUUGAGGGUUUAUGGUCAGUGUCGUCAUUCCUUUCAGAAGACGAAUCUUCGCGGUUUACUUCCUCAGCACGACGAUCGGCUUCGCGGCUGCUUGGUUCGGCGCUACCACUUUCGAUCACAUCAACCUCAAAAUAGACAGUUUUCGGGAUCGAAUGGAUCUUGUACCGUACAAAUAA